AUGAUGACUGGGGAGACGCGGGGUCUCAUGUUUGCCGCGCUCCACGAGUACGACGACAAGAAUCAUCGCUGUGAAGUCAUCAAACAAGGCGGACUUGCAGUCUAUGAGGAUAAGAAUCCGCAAAGCAAGAAGAUAGGAGUUCUUCCUGAAGGUGCGAAUUUGGAGAUUCUGGAAAUCCAUGGCCAACGCAUCAACUUCCGCAACACUGAUUUCCCCAGCUCGGGUUGGAUCUCCAGCUAUGUGGCAGGUCGUCGGACCAUCAAGAUCAAAGGUUGGUUUCGAUGGCACAUGCGCGAGAAUGUGGUCUCCUCCAUGGGUCAAAAGAUUGGUCAAAUGAAGGAGGUGGACGAUCCGUUUCAGAUGUUGCUCGACUACGAUGCUCGCAACUAUCUCAUGACUGCUGGCAUCGUAAGUCCGGAAGAAUGGCGCCGCGAGAAGUACCUGGAUGGUCUUGUUUCGCCGCACUCCUAUUCUCUGCUCAGUGUCAGAGAGGUUGGCGGGCUUCGCAUGGUGUGCCUGCGAAACCCUUGGGGCAAAGGCGAGGGGAAAGAAUGGCUGGGCGGAUGGAAAGAUGGAGCCCAGGAGUGGAAAGCGCAUCCUGAAGUUGCAGAGGCGUUGGAAGUGGACUUCAAAGCUGAUGGAAUCUUUUGGUUGGAGUGGGAGGACUUUCAAUUUCUCAUGAAGGGUUUCUACGUUUAUCCCAAGGAGAUGCCCACGAAGCGAGGAAGUUUCGAGUCUGAGGCAGCCAACAAGCCACUCCCCAAGCCCGCGACCCGCUCGGAUGUCCCAGAAGCGCCGCGAAAGAAGGCUGAGGACGUACCGAAGCGGGAAACCGAGAAAGUGGAGAAGCCAGUGCGGCCAAGUCCCAAGGCAGAUGAUGAGCCUACAUGGAACGAAAAACAUCAGUGCAAUCAGACUUGGUGCUGA